GCUGGUGUUGUUUGGGCGCACAGGUGACCUUGCCUCUCGCCUCGGAUCGGGAGAACAUGGGGAAACUUCAGGAGUUUGAGAUCUCGUUUGACAAAAACAAAGUGGUGUACAGUCCGGGAGAGUCCAUCUCUGGAACCGUGACCAUCAAGCUGGGCCAGUCGCUGCAGUGUAAAGCCAUCAAAGUGAACUGCAAUGGUUUCUGUGGCAUCACCAACAAGGUCAGUGACACGACCUGGACUGUGGAGGAACAGUAUUUCAACAGUACCGUCGCUGUUGCAGACAAAGGAACCCUGAAACAGGGAGAACACACUUUCCCCUUCAAGUUUCUCAUACCAGAAUCUGCUCCGACAUCUUUUGAAGGCAACUAUGGUCGGAUCGUUUACAGAGUGAGAGCUUUUAUUGACACACCACGAUUUGCCAAGGACUACAACACAGAGAAAGCUUUCUACCUGCUGAGGCUCCUAAAUCUGAAUGAAGUGCCAGACAUAUGGGGAACCUGUUCAUCUGCAGUGACGCAGCACUUCACCUACAUGCUGAUGAAAACAGGAACGGUGGUCCUGAAGGCCCAGGUCGACAUGAAGGGUUACACUCCAGGCCAGAUCAUCCAGGUGUUGGCCAACAUCCACAACCAGUCUGGGAAGACCACAGGCAACAUGGCUGCCAGCCUGAUGCAGAGAGUGACCUAUGAGACGAAGAGGCCCACACAUGAUGUGAGGACGUUAGCAGAGGUGGAGGGUGGUGUGGUGAAGGCCGGCAGAGAGGUGGAGUGGAAGGAGCAGAUCAUCGUUCCUCCUCUCCCUCAGUCCUCCCUCAUUGGCUGUGAACUUAUAAAGAUUGAAUAUUAUGUCAAAGUCAGUCUAAAGUCUCCAGAUGUCAAUUUGACAUUACCCAUCCACAUCGGAAACGUCUCUCUAGACAAAAAACUUCACCCCUCCAAAAAAGCAGCUCCUCCUUCCUCUGCUGCAGUUGAAGACACACCAGCAUCUGCCUCUAUUCCCAACAUCUCCACCUCGGACCCCACUCUGCCCCCUCGCCCUGCCCCAAAACCUGCCCCCCGUCCCACCCCUCGCUCCAGGAUGUCCUCCCAUAACUCCCCCAGUGCUCCUCCAGCUGAGUACAACCAGGGAGCAGAGGGCGGGACUCAGAUCAACGAUGGCUUCCCGAACAAGCGCCACUCUCAGCUGGUGUCACCCAAUGCUUUCAGCUACGCUCCCGGCCUCUUCUUCUCCCAGAACCAGCAGCACAGUGGGACCGGCCCUGCACCCAGUCAGCCUCCGCUCAGCGGCUCCACAGGGGCCACAGUACCGUACCCCCGUGAGAACAGUGCCAGCUUAAUACCAACACCACUCAUCCUGCCUCCAGACUAUGACACCUCAGCAUAUCCACAAGAGGCUCCUCCUUCUUAUAAUGAGAGCUGCAACACAUGAAGUGGAUCCAGUUCCAGAAACCUCCAACUAAGACGACGAUGAAUUCACUCUGAUAUCAAACAAAAUGUUGUUCUGCCAUUUUAAAACAAUCCAUCUAACACGGACAGAAGGAUUGCAAGACUCAGGGGGAAACCCACUGAGGUUACGUUAUGCCCAAGUCUUGAGCUUCUCUAAAUGUAUGAGAAUCAGCAUUUUGAAUUAAAAUGAAAGUAAAUUGAUCUGACUUCUGUUGCCCAGUGAACAAGUACCUUCACUAAUCUGACGGAGGUUCUUCUCACCUUCCAACCAGCCACAGCCAAUCAACACUUUGUAUUUUUAGCACUUUGACCAAAAGGAAUGAUGAGGGUCCUUUGUAGAGAAGCAGGAGUUGUUUUUUUAGUUGUGGGUUAUUUUGAAGUCCCUUAGAUGGCAUCUGUGAUGUCAAGUUUGAAAGUUUAAUGACUUAAAACCUGUGCAAAAUAAACCAUCCCAUAUUUAGUCUUCUUUUUUUUCCCAGAAGCUAAUUAAAUAAAUGGACCUGUGGAUUUUUAGUGCAAUCAGGUAAAUCAUUUUUAUUCUUCUGGCAUAUUUUUCAUUUAUUUUGAGUGAGAAUAUUUUAGACUUGACUCAAUGAUUUGUUUGGAAAGUUCUUUUUUAAUUUGCUUUUGAUCAAGGAUUUUCCAGUUUUAUGAUGAUGAACAAUCCAGAUAUUGCUGUUGCAAGUUAUUUAUACAUAUAGUUUAUGAUGAUCCAGUUCAGCUUCUUCGGAUUUCUGCUUUUGUGUCCUUGAUCUGUAUCUCCCUGCUGAAUGUGUGAUAGUUCAGUAUAUGCCUCACAUCCUUUCUCUGCCUGAUGCCUUCCUAUAACUGUGCAGUAGCGCAACAUCAUUGUGAUUUUAGGUUUUAUUUUGCCCUUCUUGAUGUAGUUUUAUCAUCUAUUUUAAUCAGGUCUGUGAAUACCUUUUUAAUAUUUCUUAAAGUUAAAUCUAUUAAACAUGCAGAGAGACAACAUUGUAUUUAUUUAUUGUUUUGAGUGUUUUCAAACAGCUAUCUGAGUUUCAAUAAAUCAGUGAAAACCA